UAUUCUGGUUUAUUUUCCUACAAGUUAAUUGCGCGCCAAAAUGUCACGGACUAACCCUUUUCGCGCCAGUGUCCACCAUGCAGCAUCCGCGGACGACAACGUUACUUCUUCUUGGAAGUCUUCUCCUGGGAUCUGCAGCGCAGUUCCUCGAGACCAAGGUAGAGGGGUUCCUGGAGGCCGUCCUGCGUCAUGAGUUCAACAAAGCGUUUGAGACUGGGGCCGUUAGUCCCAUCCUCACAGAGGUUUCGCGAAAGCUAGACCUGGAGAACAUGUUGGCACAGACCUCGCAGUGGGACUCCAAAACCCAGGUCUACGAUCCGCUCCUCUGCUCUCUCUGCAGUUCGGGUGUCGCUGAGAUCAUCCAUUUAGUAGAGACUGGGACGGACCCAAUAACCAUUAUGGAUUCCCUAGUUAACCUUUGUGUUAACUUGGGCAUCUCAAACGAACCAUUUUGCUACGGGGUCAUCACUGAGGUGGAACCACACCUCAUCUGGAUCUUGGAAAACCGCCACUUGACUGGGAAGGAUGUUUGUGGGAUGGUCCUUGUAGGAUUUGGCUGCAACACAGACAAUCCUGAGAGGCAGUGGGAGGUUCAGAUCCCAGAUGGGCCAAAACCACCUGUUGUAGAUCCUGUGCUGCCACCUGAAGGCUCGCCUACAAUGAGGAUCUUACAUUUAGCUGACACUCAUUUCGACCCCGAAUACCUGCCAGGCAGUAACGCCGAGUGUAAAGAAAAGUACUUCUGCUGUCGGGCAGAGAGUGGUCCUCUGGAAAGACCAGAGGCAGCAGCUGGAAAAUGGGGUGACUACCGUAACUGUGACGCUCCACAGUGGCUUCUGCAAGCCAUUUAUGAUCACAUUAAGACAACUCAUACGGAUAUAGACUUUAUCAUCUGGACAGGGGAUCUGGUACCACACAUCAUCUGGAAUACCACACGAGAGAGAAACCUGGAAAUCAUCCGUGAAAACGUUCAGAUGAUUGCAGACAACUUUCCAGGAGUCCCAGUAUUUCCUGCUAUUGGGAACCACGAAUCUCAUCCUGUAAAUACUUUCCCACAACCUUACAUUGACAAUGAGUUUGACAUCUCUUGGCUUUAUGACGAAAUCUCAACCCUAUGGACUACCUGGCUGCCUAAGGAUGUUGCUGACAGCAUUGCCUACUCAGCUUAUUACUCAACUCUCAUCAAGCCAGGAUUGAGAGUCUUGUCUAUUAACUCUAACUACUGCUAUGGUUUCAACUGGUGGAUCCUUUACGAUGAUGUCGAUCCGGGCGCUGAGCUGGACUGGAUGGCAAAACAACUGAAGGCUGCUGAGGAAGUGGGAGAGAAAGUGUACAUUAUCAACCACAUCCCUCCAGGUCACGAUGACUGUACAAAGACUUGGAGUCACCAGUAUAACCGCAUAGUCUUGAGGUUUGAGUCCACCAUUGCGGGGCUGUUCUAUGGCCACACGCACAAAGACCACGUCAUGAUCUUCUACGACCCCGUGGACGCUACACGUGCUUACCACGUGGGCUACGUGGCUCCCAGCCAAACACCCUACCACAACCUCAACCCAGGAUACAGGAUCUACACCAUCGACGGAGACUAUGAAGGCUCCUCUUAUCAAGUUCUGGAUCACGAGACUUGGAUCCUGGAUCUCGAUGAGGUGAACCAAAGCGACGAUCCGAGAUUCUUCAAGCUUUACUCGGCCAGAGAAUCAUAUGGCCUUGAGAACCUAUUCCCAGCAACGUGGUCUGACCUGGUGGACCAGAUGACACCCGCCAACAGCACAGUCUUCGACAAGUUCUUCCAGCACUACGUGAAGGACGCCAGGCCCUACUUAGAGGAGGGAUGCGACGAAAAAUGCAAAUACAACUUGCUCUGUCGUGUGGUGGUGUCUGACAACUCCGAUCACUCCCACUGCGAUGGUCUCUGAUUGGAGCCUCUCGAGACUGACACGUGCAAGAUCACUGUCCACUGACUGUACCGUUGUUAGACGUAGGAAUGAAAAGUCCUUCAGUGUUAAUUAAAUUCUUAUAUUGUUUAUGAAUGUC